AUGAGCUAUUUAAACCAGGACAAUGCUUUACAUCAGCGGGAUAAUGGGAGUCGUACCCAUCUUUUCGAUUCAAAAUAUGAUAAGAUGAAUGGCAGAGCAAGUUCGCCAUAUGAUAAAGGUGGCAAUUUGGAUUUUUCUCAAUCAAUACUCUCGAACUUGGAAGAUCAAAGCGAUCGACACGUUAGCGCCAUGAGUGAGAAGCUGGGCAGACUCAAAACUUUGUCGCUCAGAAUGGGUGACGAAAUUCGUGGAAGUAAUGAUACAGUCGAGAAGCUCGGUGAAGUUUUUGAGGGUACGAGCAAACGUCUGCAGCGCACUUAUCGUGAUAUGAUGGCAAUGGCAGGAAGAUCGAAAAUUUCGCUCAAGACGUGGUUGAUCAUCUUUUUGAUCGUAUCUCUCUUAUUUUUUUGGGUUUGGAUCUCUUAG